AUGCAAGGAAGUUAUUCAUGUCCUUUCGAUUAUCAGGAAUUCGAAUCUCGUAGCGAGCUUGAAGCCCACAUUGAGCGUCGGCAUGUGUGCUACCAGGCUGACGAUCCUGAAGCAGAUAAUGGGCGUAAUGACCGAACUUCCUCCAGUUCUAGUUUUUUGAGCUUCGGCGAUGAAGGAGCACCGCUUCCUUCAGCUCAGUCUAAAAGAAACCUUUCAUCAAUUUUGACUGAUGUAAAAAUACCAGAAAAUCCUUUGAGCGACAUUGGCUCAUUGACAGAAAAAAGAAUUUUACAGAUCUCGAAAUCUCCGAAUCUCGGGGCGCUAAAAGAGCUUAAACUUAAUGGAAAAGGACUAAGCCAGUUUGAAACGAACGAUCAUAUCAACUUAUCAAGGCUUUUUAACUUGAAGAUUCUAGAUCUUUCUGAUAAUUAUAUUACAAGCUUGCGUGGAGUGGGUCAGUGCACCAACCUAAGAUACUUGAAUGUCAAUAAUAACAGUAUCGAAGAUUUAUCUCCAUUACAAGCGUUAAUUAGACUCAGUACAUUUAAAGCGGCACAUAAUAAAAUAAAGGAUAUCUCGCCACUUAGAAUAUGCAAAAGAAUUGUGUGUCUAAAAGUGAGCAAUAACCAAAUUUUCAGUUUCGAAAAUACUUUAGAAGUUUUAAAAGGAUUCCCAAAGUUAACUCAUCUUUCAAUUUUUAUGAAUCCUUGCAUGGUUAAGACAAAAGACUCCAAAGACAAAUUGCUCUAUCACCUCUGGCUAGAAAAAUUAGACUCGGUUCAUGUCAAUAAUGAAGAUCGUCAGCAGGCAACUCAAAAAGUCCCAAUAAGCCUAAGAAGAGGAAGCCAUAUUAAGUUAAUGGAAGAAAAUUCAGACCUUCCGAGAAUGGCAAUUUCAGAAUUGCAUCAUAGAGACACAAAAGAAAAAAAUGCAGAAUUAGAAACUCAAAUUAACGCAUUAAAAGAAGAGAAUGCAAAAUUAAGAGAAGAACUAGGAAAUGUCUGACAAUUACUUGGCACAAUUAUAAAAAGCCGAGAUGAAAGUGGACAAGGAAAACUUUUACUUUCAGAGUUUAAAAAAUUGAAAUUACUAGAAAAUAUUAAAGAAGAGGAAGAAGAUUAUUAA